CAGCAGAUCUCAUCACGAUGGCUGACUGUAAGCUUCUGGGUUUGGUCUUGGCUAUCAUCUGCUUUUUGGGGAGCAUCAUCACUUGUGUGCUCCCCAUGUGGAGAGUGACAGCCUUCAUUGGUACCAACAUCGUCACAGCUCAAGCAAUCCAUGAGGGCUUGUGGAUGAGCUGUGUGGUCCAGAGUACGAGCCAGAAGCAGUGUAAGGUCUAUGAUUCGGAGUUGGCCUUAUCUCAAGAUUUGCAGGCUGCCCGAGCGCUCAUCAUCAUCGCCAUCCUGUUAGGGUUCUUUGGGAUCCUGUUUGCUGUAGUUGGGUACAGGUGCAGUAACUUGAUUAAGGAUUUCUACAACCCACUCUGGUCCGCUUCUCAGAAGAGGGAGCUGGGAUCAUCGCUUUACAUCGGCUGGGGCUCUGCAGGACUGCUGUUCCUGGGAGGAGGCCUCCUCUGCAGCUCCCGUCCUCGUAUGAAUGACACUGACUUUUUGGAAGCAACAGAGUUUGAGGGUCGACCCCAGAAGAUGCGGGAGAUUCGGGCAACCGUGGCUGAUUUGGCCUGGCAGGGAAGGACCUACCUGGGCAGGCUAGUAGGGGAGCAGACCUUGCUGUUGGUGGAGAAGGAUUUCCUUCAGGUUAUAGGUGUGGUUGCUGAAAGUGUGGCUAAUCAUCUAAAUGCAGUACUACAGUACAUCUUACAAUUCCUGAAGGCUAAUGAAAUUCAAGUUGAUUGGUUGGUUGCUCGUACGGCUGCUGAGACUCAUGCUAAAGCUGCUGAGAGUCAUGGUGACUUGCUUGCUUCCAGGCUGGUCGGGAAAAUUGUUGGCCUGGAGGAGCAAGUUUAA